UCGUUUUAAAAACAACCGAAAGCGACGCCAGAAGGAGGGGUUUGUGCCCACUGUCAAACCCCUUCCUGGAAUAGCUGUCACUUUUUCGUCUUCCUCCGCACCUACGUUACUUUUGCGUCUUUUAAAUUAUCUGUUUCGCUGUGCAAAAUAAGUCGGUUUGGCCAGUAAGCUGUUUGUUGUUGUGGAGAAGCUUUGGGACAGCGCUGCGCCGGCUCUCUGCACUUUGUUGCUGGCUAUAGCGGGCGGUAGAUUCACUGUUAUUUGUUUUUAUUAUUUAUUAUCACUGUGUUAGCUAAGAUAGGUCAUAGCUAUAGUGGGCGGUAUAUUCACUAUUAUUUGUUUUUAUUAUUUAUUAUCACUGUGUUAGCUAAGAUAGGUAAUAGCUAUAGUGGGCGGUAUAUUCACUAUUAUUUGUUUUUAUUAUUUAUUGUCACUUUGUUAGCUAGCUAGCUAUAGCGGGCGGUAGAUUCGCCAUUAUUUGACAGCUCGCGGACAGAAUGGCUUCCUCUGAGGCCGAAAGUGAACGAGAGAUGUCAAGGCGCAGCGCCCGCUUAAAAACGAGUGGGUACUACCCCCAGGAUGACGACACUGCCAGCACCUGUUCUAAUGGAUCGGCUUCACCCAUCUCGUACAAAGAGAGCCCCUUCAGGGUCUUUAAGAAGAAGGCAGCCAACCGUAAGCUGGUCGGGUCCUCCCGCACCUCAAGCCAUGCCAGCAGCCUCAGCUCAUCACAGGGCCCAUACACCAGUGAGCUCAUCACAGAGGAUGAAUUUACAGGCGUGGCCUCGCCUGUGCAGGCUGCCGUCUGGAGGAGGAGCCCUGUUUUCCAGGCUUCACCCCCCCUUGCCACAGAGCCGGCAGGCUUCUCCUCAGGAUACUCCUCAUCGGAGGAUGGCGACUACCCACAGUCCAGUCCUGUUCAGGCUCCAGCUGAGGCAGACUUUUGGUUCCGAAAAGUGCUCACCUUCCCAGCUCGUGCCUUUGCAUUGCUCUACUGGUGGCUGGGACCAGCAUGGUACAGUCUGACCUCUGGAAUCUCUCUGCUUGAUGUCUUUCUGCUCAGCAGACACACUGCAGGUGUGAGGAAGGCUAUCCUCCUCCUCUUCCUCCUCUUGCUGGUUUUUGGAGCAUGGUACUGGUACCCCUUUGUCACGGCACAACUGUUACACACUGCUGAAAAGACCAUGAUUGAUCCCACGCACCUUCACACACGUGCCCCUCUGUAUGAUCAUGUGUUGGACGCGAGGUUGUCGGCUAUGAAGGUUGAAAUCUACGCGAGCCUGCGAGAGCAGGAGAUGAAGUGGUUUGAGAACAGUGCAAGAGAAAUGGAGUCCAUGCUGGAUAAAGUGGUCAAUGCGAGGUUGUCGGCCAUGAAGGAUGAAAUCUACGGGAGCCUGCGAGAAGAGAUUAAGUGGUCUGAGAAGAGAGCAAGAGUAAUGGAGUCCAUGCUGAGUGAGAUCCAGGUGCUGAAACAGGAGAUACAAAGGCAGAAGCUUACAUCUGAGGAUCAGGUGCUUAAUGCAAGGUUGUCAGCUAUGAGCGACAGGAUGACGAAGUUGUCUGAGAACAGAGCCAGAGAAAUGGAGUCCAUGCUGACACUACAAAAAACUAUGCAGGGCCUGGAGGUUAGAGUAAAGAAUGUCAACUCUCAGCAUCAGCGUCAGAUCUUCCACCUGAGAUCCAGCCUCCAGGCAGCCUCGGAACAACUCAUCCACAGAAUAGAAACCCAGGAAGAUCAGUUCACAGUGUUAAAGAAGGACAUGGAUGACUCAGUCAACUUUGACCAGGAAGUAGUGAUGCGUCCAGACCUGGAGAGGGAGCUGGAGGCCCUGGAAAAGAAAAUAAUAGACAGACUUCGACAACAGCAGGACAAAGAGAAAAGAGAUGUAUGGAGGGUGGUGGGGGAGACCUUGCAAGAGGAAGGAAUGGGAGCAGUCGCUAUAAAGGAAAUAGAGCACAUUGUGCACAGAGCGCUGAGUCUCUUCAGGGCCGAUGGGACAGGAAUGGCGGAUUACGCACUGGAGUCGUCAGGUGCUAGUGUGAUAAAUACCCGUUGUUCUGAGACAUAUCGGACCAGAUCUGCAUGCCUCAGUCUGUUUGGAAUUCCUCUGUGGUACCACUCUGAAAACCCUCGCGCUGUUAUACAGCCCGAGGUCUACCCUGGUAAGUGCUGGGCGUUCCGUGGUUCUGAAGGGUUCCUGGUCAUCUCUCUGUCCUACCCUGUCCGGAUUACUCACAUUACCUUGGAACACAUCCCUCGUAACUUGUCACCCACUGGACACAUAGACAGCGCACCAAAGGACUUCACCGUUUAUGGAAUGACACAUGAACACGAGGAAGGAAAGCUUCUCGGAUCGUUUACUUAUGACCAAGAUGGAGAACCCAUCCAGACCUACCAAGUACCUGAGUCUCCCAGUGAGGUGUACCACCUGGUGGAACUACGGGUCCUCAGUAAUUGGGGUCACCCAGAGUACACCUGUCUCUAUCGCUUCCGGGUCCACGGCUUACCCUGGAGCACCUCACAGGAAGAACGAAGAACAAGAGAAUCAAUAAAUGAGUAAAUGAACCCCCUUUUAUGAGGUUUAGCAUCAUAAGACAAGUUCAGGUCUUGACUGAGGGUGUCGAGGAUGCUGGGGGGCCAUGAAGAUCUUGAUGUUUCUGCAUCAUUUCUUUCUUAUCUCGCUCUUUCCUGGAUCGCUUUUGCAACAAUGGUGAUUUGCACUGGUGCGUUGUACCUGCUGUGGUUAUGAACCCACUCACAAAAGCCUAAAAAGCAGAGAACACACUGAACAAAUACGUCACAAAUGCACAGCUGACUAGCACUGUGUACAUGCAGAUGAGGCUUAAAAAAAGGAAGUUAACAUACAAAUAAUUAUGAAAAUGUAAUCCACAAUUUGCACUAUUUACUACAAUGCCAAAGGAAUGUAUCUCAUAUUUAUCAUUUCCUAUGUCUCUAAAAGUAUCAUGAAUCUUUUAAAGAAAGACUUUUACAAUCUAUUGAUGGUAACAACAGAAUGAAAAAUUAUAGCCACCAAUUAGCAUUUGGUAAUUUGCAUAAUGCUAAUUAUUUGCGUCUGACUUUCUUCUGUUAACAAUAAUAGCAGCAUUUCUUGUUAAUAUACCCUAAUGGUAGACAGAGGUACUUGAGAGCUACUCCAGGGGUUGAUAUCUUGGAGAAUUUUUUGUUGUUGUUGUUUACUUAGGGCUAUGACAUAUUUAAUAGAUAAGAAUGAUGUCAUUGUGCAAACUUAUUCUUUUUGUUCAAAGUUAUUACGAUGAAGGAUGUAAGAUAAUCUUUAGCUGCAGUUAUAUUUAUGAUGUGUUCACCAUGGCAGUGUUUACAUAUAAUCCCACUUGGCCAUAAAAGUAAAAAUAUGGCCAUAGGCUCUGUCUGUGCCAUCCAUAUGCUAAUGCAUUUGAUAAUAUAGCUGGAUUUGUACCUUGACCCUUCUCACCAUACUUAUCCUGAAUAGCACUGGUCCCUGAGUCUUGUAGAGGCUGUGGGUGUGGCCUGUUGCCUGGGAUACACUGGAAGCCAUUUUUUGCCCACCCUGAGGUCUGUUAACAUUUGUAAUGUGUUCAUAGGGAAGGUCCCACAACGGAAGCCACUGCUGCUUCUGUUCCACAGCUGUGGACAGCUUGUUCCACUGACUAGCAGCCAGUGCAACUCACAUUAACAUGCAUUUUUAUUCAUUUGCAUAUUUCCUAUUAAUAAUUUCUAAUUAGAGGUAAUUAUUUACUAGAAAUUUAAAGUGGAAUGUGUUGGCAGGUCUUUUCAGCGUAUCCAUGUGUUAAUCUUUGAAGCAAAAGCAUAAGCAUUCCAUUUAAAAAGCAAAGCUUUAGAAACAGUUCAAAAUGGCUUUAAGAAGGUUUAUGUACACGGAUUGUGAAAGUAUAAUAUGAUGUAUUUAUUUUUUAAAAUUAGCAGCACUUAUUUUAAAAUUUUGGGUUUUGCCUAUUGUGAUGUAUUGAGCUCAUACAUAUCACUCUGCAUUUGCUAUUUAUUUGAUGAGCUAUUUAUUUUUAUAUUAUGGCUGAGCAGCCAAGACUAUGGUGUACCUGUAACUCUUACUCAAAACCUAAACAAAGGAAAAUGUUUUUAAGAUCCAGGUUUAAAUAAUCGCACAGAAUACAGAGCGGUCCUCAUUUAUAGGAUGUCAAAAUAAAAGAUGUUAAAAACAGAGACGUCUGUAUUAGAACAGCAAUAUUAAUCACCUCAAAAAUGAUAGACGUGCCCUUAACAGUUUUCCUGCACACACUGCCUCAAGCAGAACGCAUGCUAGUUUGGACAGUUUGGACUUACUCAUCCUUGCCGUCUGUACUUCAUAUGUGGACUUGUUAUCCAAAUGCCUUUUUCUUUUUUCCAUUUUGAUUUGAUGAAGCAGUGAUUGAAUAUGAGGUAAUGUAAGCCUACAAAAUUUGUAAAUUGCAGGGCCAAUCGAAUGCUGUUUGAUGUUGCAGCUUGAAUAUCUGUCUACAGUUAACCAGGCUUGAAUAUCUGUCUACAGUUAACUGGGUCUUCCUUGCAUUUGGUCUGCUUGGCUUACUACACAGUAUUGGCUUUCAAAGUGUUCUUCAAGUAUAUCAUAUAACAAAUUGCACAUUAAUGUUUAUUUUUUGUAUGUGUGGUUUCUUCUUCAGUGUCCAGACUGUGCUGUUUUAAGCAGUGUGUUUAUUUCAGCCACAUUCAGGUUUUACACAAAGGAGGAUUUUUUAACAGCCUAUUUUUUAUUCAUAUAAAGUAUGAGCAACAUCUGUUUACCUCAUGUCUGCAUUUCUCAGUUUGCAAUAACCUUAAAUGUACACAACUCAGUAUUAUACUCAUGCUAUGUUUUACACUUCUGAAAUGCUAUGUUACAAGUGCACCUGUCCUCCCUAGGGGAAGUGUCCAGGGGAAGUGCAGUAGGGUGCAAUGUCUUUGGAUUGGAUCAGGACUUGGUCUAUGUUAGUCUAGCAAAACCCCCUGCUGGGUUUGGGGAGAUGAUUUUCUGACCAAAGUGCCUAUUGCCUCUCUUGAACAUAUGGUGUAAUCUUGAGCUCUAUGGAACACCAUCUGUACGCCUCUUUACUCCAUCGUGAAACUAGGGAUUUUUUUCUGUAUAUUUUUUUAUGUUACAGUGGAAACAUUGUGCAGUUCUUGCAUUUCAUUUAAAAUGUGGCCUAUUGUAAAUUAUCUUUUGUUUUCUGGGGGUUAAAACUUGAUAUAACUUA